AUGGAUGUCGUAGCAGAUGCUGCACAUAGAGUGGCUGCACUCGGACCUCGCACAGUUGUCAUGCUGGUUGUGGCUGUGGUCUUUCUCGUCAUCGCAUGGACCUCGUUUGCGCUUCGAAUUUACGUGCGAGCAAUCAUGAUACGCUCUUUUGGAAAAGACGACUGGAUGAUGCUUCUUACUAUAUGCUUAUCCACAACAUGUUGCGGUCUCCUAAUAUCCAUCGAACGAAUUGAGCAAGGCAGUAGACCUCAACGAGCACUAGAAGAAGGCACUCACUCUCAAUUGGAACUGCUCAACGAUCUGAUGAAGAUUAGUCUGGCUAUCUUCUUCCUCAGAAUUGUCAUCCGACCCUGGCAACGAAGAAUCAUCUACGCUGUCACAGGGGUAUAUGCGGUCUACGCUAUCGCCUUUGCCUUCAUUGCUGUCUUUCAGUGUGGCAUACCGACCAACUUCCUGAUCAAAGAAGCCACCGGAGUCUGUAUCACAGACGAUAUCCUACAGCCCCUCAACUAUGUACACGCAUCUCUCAACGCCAUCAGCGAUUGGACAUUCGCAUGUCUGCCAGUCUUUGUACUCUGGAAUGCCAAGAUACCACGGUCCGCAAAGAUAUCAUCUGGUCUCUUGCUCAGUCUCGGAGCAGUCGGCAGCAUCAUCUCUCUCAUCCGUAUCGCGUAUAUUCCAGGCCUCAAGACUGGCCCUGCGUUCUUCACAAACGCCAUAACGAUUGGUGUCUGGAGCUUGAUAGAGCCAGGAUUGGGUAUAGUCGCCGCAUCUCUGGCAACACUUCGACCACUGUUCAAGAACAUGAUGGAGAAGGCACGCAACACCACACACACGAGCAACAGCAGCAAGUCCCUCACCCACAACUCAAAGGGAUCAUCAUUACAGAGAAAAGCAGCCUUUUCUGGCGCCAAGUUCAGUGACCGCGGAUAUCUACAAAUGGACGACGACAAGAAACCUAGCAAGAUGGGCAACUUUACCAGCGUGGUUGGCGAUAUGAAGAGUGCACCAUCCGGUCAGGUGUAUGAGUUGGAUCCCAUCGCCGAGCGACCGCAUUCGACGGAGAGCACAAGGUCAAACUCGAGUGGACGUAUUGGUAUGGCACUAUCUGGACCAGUCACUGUCGGAUCACUGCAGAACAAGAGUUGGUUUCCCGAUGACGAAGUCCUCAUGACCAGACACGUUAAGAUAGACGAGGAAGCGGCCGAGUGGCCGUCACCGCCGCGCAGGGAAGCGUGA